AUGAGUGAUCCCGAGAAAACAAAAGUGAAUACUGAGGAAAAAAUUAAUGAAAAUAGUGAUGAAAGUGAUUACCUCUGGAGCGAUGAAGAAGAAGAAGGGGAGAUACGCGAAAUCGUUCUCGCCCUUCCCGCAAUGAGUCUUGGUGAUGUGGAUGAAGCAACCCGCCAAAAAGCCGUCGCUGCGGCUGACUUGUUGAUUGCUGCCGCUCAAGAAGCGGCGGCGACCAAAGGCAACAUGGAACAAGGGACGGUUAUAUCGGACGACUUAGCAGAUGUGGCCGGCGCCUCCGGUUCUAAAGCCACCGUGGUGGCUGGAGACGAAGAGCCGGCAAAGAAGCCCAGGAAGAAAGGUUCUCCUAAGUUGAUUAACCCACCUGAAGGUCCUCCUAAAUGUAACGUUUGCGGGAGAAGUUUUCUUUCUUGGAAAGCUGUCUUUGGCCACUUACGGGCUCAUACAGAUAGGGGAUAUUUUGGGUUCUUCCCUCCGCCCACAUUUAAUGCGGCCGUGGAAGCAUCUGGGGGUGCUGUUGCUGCUUCUUGCGGUGGAAGAGGGCUUGGUUUAGGCACUGGAGGGUUAAAUUUUGAUUUGAAUGCUGACCCGAUUGAUGACGAGGAGGAGGAAACUGGAACUGGAUCUGCUCCGAAGUUUGAUCUCAACAGGUCGCCACCACAAGAUGAAGAUGAGAAUAAAGAAGAUAAAGCUGAAUGA